GCGGGGGCGGGGCGGCAGCGAUCUGGGGGCGCCGAGGAGACCGCGUCCAGGUGAGGCCCAGACCUCCAGUGCCUCUUGGAUUUUCACCAAGAACAGGUGCCAAGGAUAAGAUUCCCUGUGCUCCAGAUGUAGCUCAGACACCAUGAUCCCAUAGGAGACCACACAGGGGCGGCAGAAGGAGCAGGCUGCUGAAGGAUGAACAGUGAGGAGGAAUUCUUCGAUGCCGUCACAGGCUUUGAUUCUGAUCAUUCUGGGGAAUUUUCAGAGGCAAAUCAGAAGGUCACCGGAGGGCUUGGCUCGGACACCAGCAAAAGUCAGGGGAUCGGGAAAACCGAGGCGAGACCCCCCCAGGAGAAUGGAGUUCAAACACACAGGACGUCGCUGCCUGCCCCCAUGUUCACCAGAAGCGAUUUCAGUGUGUGGAGCAUAUUGAAAAAAUGCAUUGGCUUGGAGUUGUCCAAGAUCACCAUGCCCAUCGCCUUCAACGAGCCAUUGAGCUUUUUGCAGCGGAUCACGGAGUACAUGGAGCACGUAUACCUCAUCCACAAGGCUUCCCGCCAGGCCCAUCCACUGGAGCGCAUGCAGUCUGUGGCUGCCUUUGCGGUAUCGGCUGUGGCCUCGCAGUGGGAGAGGACCGGCAAACCAUUCAACCCGCUCCUGGGAGAGACGUAUGAGCUGAUCAGGGAAGACCUGGGAUUCAGGUUCAUAUCCGAGCAGGUCAGCCACCACCCUCCCGUCAGCGCCUUCUACUCGGAGGGGCUCAACCAGGACUUCAUCUUCCACGGCUCCAUCUACCCGAAGCUGAAGUUCUGGGGGAAGAGCGUGGAGGCAGAGCCCCGCGGGACCAUCACACUGGAGCUGCUGCAGCAGAAUGAAGCCUACACGUGGACCAACCCCACCUGCUGCGUGCACAACGUGAUCAUCGGCAAGCUGUGGAUCGAGCAGUACGGGACGGUGGAGAUCUUAAAUCACAGGUACCUGCCAUUCCCUUUUGACUACAGCAAAAAGAAGCUCUUUAUGAUCUAUGGCAAAUGGACGGAGUGUUUGUGGGGUGUAGAUCCUGCCUCAUAUGAGUCCUUCAAGAAGCAGGAGAGGAGAGGCGAGCACCUCAAAAAGACAAAGCCGGUAAGGUGCCCACUGCGGGGCGACGGCCUUGGGCAGAGCAGGGCCCCGGAGGUGGGCGAGGGUGUCCUGGAUGAGUGGUUAGAAAUGAGCACUGUGCCUAUCACAGUGAACAGUGAAGGAGUCAGGAUACAUCUGUUUGACGUGGCUGACAACGUGCCGGAGACGCAGGAGACGAUGCAGGUCAUCCCGGGCAGCAGGCUACUCUGGAGGAUCAACAUGCGGCCCCCCAACUCGGCCCAGAUCUGGCAAGCCGGGAGAAGGAGCGCCUGGAAGAGAAACAGAGGGAAGCCCGGAGGGGGCGGGCCAGAGAGGAGACUUCGUGGAGGACAAGGUGGUUUUACCAAGGCAACAACCCGUACACAGGGACUCCCGACUGGCUGUACGCAGGGGGCUACUUUGAGCGCAACUUCUCGGACUGCCCAGACAUCUACUGAGGGAUCGAGGGCCCCGGGGCCUGAGGCUGGACACCCCUCGCGCUGGACACCCUGGCGCUUCGGUCACGGUCGAAACCAGCUAUUUUAACGCCCGGGUUCACAGAGGUCGCGUCAUCCCUGAUCAAGGAUUCCAUUCUGACUAACUUGUGAUUGCCAGAACUUUCCCUUCUGUUGCGGUCUCUUCACGAAGCGUCACUUGAGGGCAUCACGUUUGGUACGGUUGGAACAGGAAAGUCCUUCCCAUCCCCUUGUAGGUGACAGAUUGGCUGUGGCUUUUUUAGCUCAUAGCACCUCUUAAUUACGGAAUUCAUCACUAAAGGAAAGAGAGGAAGGGGACCACAUCCCCCCCUAGAAUGCAGUGGCAGAGGGUCCCUGAAUGCUUACGCUCGACCGCCCAGGGAAAGGUGGAUCUCGAAGGCCAGCCUGCAAGGAGCCGGCGGCUUCUUUAAAAUUAUGUAAUUCCGAGUGAAGAUUAAGCAAGCACCCGAGUGAACGAAGCGGGAAGUUGUCAGAUUCUGUAUUUUUUAUCAGUCUUCAAUAAUGUAAAGAGUACUUUUAAAAUAUUUAAGUUAAAACGACUCGACUGACUUGACUAGUAUUCUGCUGAAAAGCAAGAUCUCCAUCAGUCGGCGGCUGUUCCCUGUCCCCAGUGAAGCGUCACCGUCACAGCCCACCGUGGCCCGGAACCUGAGCAUCGGGAAGAAAAUACAAGACUGCACCCAGCCGCUCAGCACGGGCCCAGCCUCCCGCCGCAUCUGCCCCCAGGCGGUGUCUCAGGAGGAGUCAUUUCUCCAACACCUCGUGUGUCACCGGAGCACUCAUGUUUCUGUGGCCCGCAGCAUGCAUGUCUGGGGAGUAAGACGCAUCUGGUGGACAACGGGAGGCACAGGGCAGAGUCUACUGAGGAUGGCCAAGUUAUUUAAUGAAAAAGCAGGCGCGUCCACCGCUGUCUCUGUCUUUAUCGAGAGACUCGUGUCCUUUCUGUAGAAGUCAGCACCACGUCGGGGUAGAGCUCUUUGCAUCCAGGACAAUCUGUCGUGCUUGCAUGCACAUGCGCGCACACACGCACACAGCACACACGCAUGCACACACACGCGCACACUGGUGUGGUGCAUGGGCUCCUAAGUCAGGUGUUUCCGAAUGAGAAGGUGUCAUCACUGUGUGUGGGGUUUGACAGUGGCAUUUGUAAUUAAACACUUUUUAAAGGGAACCCAUGUUUUGAAAGCUUUGAUUUUACGGCACUGGCAGCCAAGCGGUGGUGCUGUGCCACGUUUGGGCGUUGUCGCCGGAGCCCGCGGUCCCCGCCAGCCGUGCGGCCGAGCCCCAUGUGGCAACACUUCAGCACACCUGGACAGGUGUGCUGUGAGGGGUCACUGCCCAGGGAAGGAGCCAGUGGGCAGCGUCCCGGGCAGAACCCAAAACAACGUAUCAAACAGCUGAAUUUAGGGCAGUUUAACGACUUCACGUCGGUCAUUCCAUUUCUUGCUUCUACCAGACUUGCCAGUAGGGGUGGCAUUUCCACACCCUUUCUUGCGGCCAGGCCGUCGCUGUCCUGGAGCCAGUCAGUGGCUGGUCCCUGUGGGUGUGCAUGCCCGUGGCAAGGGCCUGUUCUCCGUGCUUGAAUUCCCAGGUAGCAAGGUAGGAAGGCUAAGACAAGAAGCAAGCCGCCGUUGCCAUGAGUUGUUUAACUUUUGCCGACAGUUUUGUUUUUUACUGCUGGCUCUGCAAACACAUAAAAAAGCUGAUACCUAAGCUUCGUCACCUUGACAGCUAUUGAAUGUCAAAUGUUUGAUAGAGUUUCCUGGUGUACAAGGCUUUUUAAAAGAUGGCCCUGCUAAUGGUGUCAUCUGACCUGUGUGGAAAUGACUUCCUUAGUGGCCUGGACCCAGAAGGCCCUCGGCCGUGCUGAGUCACCUUUGAACUCAGAAUGUCCUGGAGUAAAAAGCAUAGCAAGUUUUUCCCGACAGCGCUGAGUAUUCUGAUUUUGUUCCUAAUGGAAGUUGGAAUCCUGCUCGUGGAUUCAGUGUGCUGGAGAUUCAAGGGUGAGCAAACAGACAAAGCCCCCAGGAGCGUGUUUUCUGUAAAAGACAAUGUCACGGUGCCUGCCAGCGCUGACUGGAUGGACAGGAAGGCAGGCGCCCUCCUCUGGCCUCUGGUCCCACCUGAGCUGUGGCUGGCGCCGUCUCACGCCAGAAGCUGGGGCUGCUGCUCCUUGGAGAGCGGGUGGAGCACUGCCUCCGUGGCACGGGGUCCGAGUUCCCUGUCCUCUGCCACUCCCAGCCACGAGCAGGCAGCAAGAAGCGGCCCUGGGUACCCCCACCACAGGGCAUCCCGGCAUGCUGCUAGGAACGAGCACCCCCAGACAUGCUCCUCCCUGGAGGACAAAUGGAGCCAUGAGCCUUUGCUGAAGAAAGUGCCAGAGUGGCCUCUGCUCCAUGUGGACACGAGGCCCUAAUGGAGCGGUGGGUUGUGAUGUGGCCAGCCUUCCAGAGGAAUGGAAGACCAAGACGGGGUGCUGGCAGAGCCCCAGGCUGCUUAGUUGCAGCCGGCCCCCCAAGGAGCAGUGUGGGGGACUUUGUCUGCCACCAUCAACCCUUUCAGACCCUGUCCUUGGUGCUCACAGGUCUUCCGCUCGCUGAGCUCAGAGUUCCAGCUCUGCCGGAAACGUGAUCUGGGCCAGAAGCCGGCAUUGGGCCGUGGCGGCCGGGGGCUGGAGGGCCCAGUGGACCGGCCCCUCGGAGAGCUGCAGCCACUGGCCACUUGUCCAAGUGAGCUCGGGGCUGUCAGCCGUGAGUGUGAGGGAUGUGCCAGGGGCUGUCGGGCCCGCAUCAGAAUGCAAGGUUGGGAAGUCAGGACAGGAGUGACGGCUGGGUGGUCCAGAGCAGGCCGGCCUCCCACCAGCCUUGCCACGCUUCCUCUCAAGGACACUGCUCUUUGGGUAAAAUUUCUCCCCGAGAUGGUGACUUAGGGUUCUUACAAGUCCCUCUGUUCCCGUGAGGAACAAUGAAGAACAUAGUGAAAAUUCCCAUAACCUUCAGAACUUCCAACGCACCGCUAGCCCUCAGCCUGGUGAUUCUGAGGGGGAGGGAGAGCCGUGUCCCUCAUGGAGCAGUGGAACCAGGAAGAGCUGGAGCAAUGGGAGGUGUUCACGAGUCCCAGUUUCCUGAUGUCUAACGUUUGGACUUGCACACGUCUUCCAGAGAACAUUGCCGUCCCAGGUGGGCCCAGAGACAGGGACCCCUGCAUAGUCUGACGAAGCAGUUGUAGCCACACAGCACCCAACUGGCAUUCCCGCAGCCCUUGUCCUUUGUCCCCACCAGCUCCCUGUGCUCCGUGAGCACUUACGCAGUGGUCUCCUGGUAAACCGCGGCUUUGCCUCUCAGCCCCGAGCUGUCCUGGGUUGCGUGUUUAGUGCAGUGGGACUCGGUCGCUGCACAGGGGGGUGACACACAGACACGUCCCUCUGUCCGUCACUGUCUGUGCCACUGGCCGCGCCUCACCCAGUGUCCUGCCUUCCUCCCUCCAUUGCUGCGCUGAGCUGGCGGUUCUUUCACCAGCGCUAUGCUCGAUUCCGUGUGGCGUGAAAAUGGUCAAGAAAACGCGUUUGAGAAAUGCAUUUAUUUUUAUAAUGCUCAGUCACUGUCGGUGCCCCUUUAUAGUAACAGAAGAACCGUGCUUAGAUUUGGGGACGACUGUGUCAGGCCUGUGAAGAUAAAUGUUCAACUGCAGCUCAGAAUAAAGGCUCUGUGACAGUGGUUGCAUUUGACAUUUGUUUUGCAUCGGACAAUUUUUCACUGUCUCCGCUGCUCUCGCCUUCGGGGACAGGCUGUGGAUCGGCUGCGGACGCAUCCUCGCGCACGGGGGCUGGGUGUUUGCCUGUCUGUCCUUUGGGAUGGGCCUGGCAAACGGGUGGUUUCCAAAUGUGCUGGGCAGCAUGCUGCAUGGGUGAAAGGGCCAGUUCUCCAGGCACUGAG